CCGCCGCCGCCGCCGCCCCUGCCCGCCGCCUCGCGCACGCGGCCCUCGUGCCUCCGUUUCGGAGCGCCGCAGCGCCCGCCGGCUUCCGGCCCGCGGGAGGCUGGGGCUCCUGGCCGCCGCCCGGGAUCGCGACAUGUGAGCCGGCCGCUCGUCACGUCCCCGCCCGCCGCUGACCGGCUGAGGGGGUGGAGAGCGGAGCAGCCGGGUGCCGGCGCGGACCCCCGACCGACGCCCCGGCCCACACAAUGCGCGGAGGGGGCGGCGGGCAGAGCGCUGCAUGCGCGGCGGAGAUCGGCGGCCUGAGUGGGGUGGAGCUGGCGCGGGGUUUGAACCGCCUGGGUGUUGUUGGGCCUGGGGUUUCUGCCAGGCCCUUGCCCGGAAGGGCUGGAAACCAAGAAGUGAGGGGUCUCAGGCCUCUCACCCCGGGGCUGUUAGUGCCAACACCUGUUGCGAGCUCCCUGCCUCCCAAAAACUGGAACAACUCAAUCAAUAUCCAGACUUUAACAACUACCUGAUUUUUGUUCUUACAAAAUUAAAAUCUGAAGAUGAACCCACAAGAUCAUUGAGUGGUCUCAUUUUGAAGAAUAACGUGAAAGCACACUUUCAGAACUUCCCAAAUGGUGUAACAGACUUUAUUAAGAGUGAAUGUUUAAACAAUAUCGGUGACUCCUCUCCUUUGAUUAGAGCUACUGUAGGUAUUUUGAUUACAACUAUAGCUUCCAAGGGAGAAUUGCAGAAUUGGCCUGACCUCUUACCAAAACUCUGUAGCCUGUUGGAUUCUGAAGAUUACAACACUUGUGAGGGAGCAUUUGGUGCCCUUCAGAAGAUUUGUGAAGAUUCUGCUGAGAUUUUAGAUAGUGAUGUUUUAGAUCGUCCUCUCAACAUCAUGAUUCCUAAAUUUUUACAAUUCUUCAAGCACAGUAGUCCAAAAAUAAGGUCUCAUGCUGUUGCCUGUGUCAAUCAGUUUAUCAUCAGUAGGACUCAGGCUCUGAUGUUGCACAUUGAUUCCUUUAUUGAGAAUCUCUUUGCAUUGGCUGGUGAUGAAGAACCAGAGGUACGGAAAAAUGUGUGCCGGGCACUUGUGAUGUUGCUUGAAGUUCGAAUGGAUCGCCUGCUUCCUCACAUGCAUAAUAUAGUUGAGUACAUGCUGCAGAGGACCCAAGAUCAAGAUGAAAAUGUGGCUUUAGAAGCCUGCGAAUUUUGGCUCACUUUGGCUGAGCAACCAAUAUGCAAAGAUGUACUCAUAAGGCAUCUUCCCAAGUUGAUUCCUGUGUUAGUGAAUGGCAUGAAGUACUCAGAUAUAGAUAUCAUCCUACUUAAGGGUGAUGUUGAAGAAGAUGAAACAAUUCCUGAUAGUGAACAGGACAUAAGGCCACGUUUUCAUCGAUCAAGGACAGUGGCUCAGCAGCAUGAUGAAGAUGGAAUUGAAGAGGAAGAUGAUGAUGACGAUGAAAUUGAUGAUGAUGAUACAAUUUCUGACUGGAAUCUAAGAAAAUGUUCUGCGGCUGCCCUAGAUGUUCUUGCAAAUGUGUAUCGUGAUGAGCUUUUGCCACAUAUUUUGCCCCUUCUGAAAGAAUUACUUUUUCAUCAUGAAUGGGUUGUUAAAGAAUCAGGCAUCUUGGUUUUAGGAGCAAUUGCUGAAGGUUGCAUGCAGGGCAUGAUUCCAUACCUACCUGAGCUCAUUCCUCACCUUAUUCAGUGCCUCUCUGAUAAAAAGGCUCUUGUGCGUUCCAUAACGUGCUGGACUCUUAGCCGCUAUGCACACUGGGUAGUCAGCCAGCCCCCAGACACGUACCUGAAGCCAUUAAUGACAGAACUGCUAAAGCGUAUCCUGGAUAGCAACAAGAGAGUACAAGAAGCUGCCUGCAGUGCCUUUGCUACCCUGGAAGAGGAGGCUUGUACAGAACUUGUUCCUUACCUUGCUUAUAUACUUGAUACCUUGGUCUUUGCAUUUAGUAAAUACCAGCAUAAAAACCUGCUCAUUCUUUAUGAUGCCAUAGGAACAUUAGCAGAUUCAGUAGGACAUCACUUAAACAAACCUGAAUAUAUUCAGAUGCUAAUGCCUCCACUGAUCCAGAAAUGGAACAUGUUAAAGGAUGAAGAUAAAGAUCUCUUCCCUUUACUUGAGUGCCUAUCUUCAGUUGCCACAGCCCUGCAGUCUGGCUUCCUUCCAUACUGUGAACCUGUGUAUCAGCGUUGUGUAAACCUAGUACAGAAGACUCUUGCACAAGCAAUGCUGAACAAUGCUCAACCAGAUCAGUAUGAGGCUCCAGAUAAAGAUUUUAUGAUAGUGGCUCUUGAUUUACUCAGUGGCCUGGCUGAAGGACUUGGAGGCAACAUUGAACAGCUAGUAGCCCGAAGUAACAUUCUAACACUAAUGUAUCAGUGCAUGCAGGAUAAAAUGCCAGAGGUUCGACAGAGUUCCUUCGCCCUGUUAGGUGAUCUGACAAAAGCUUGCUUUCAGCAUGUUAAGCCUUGUAUAGCUGAUUUCAUGCCAAUAUUGGGAACCAACCUAAAUCCAGAGUUCAUUUCAGUCUGCAAUAAUGCUACAUGGGCAAUUGGAGAAAUCUCCAUUCAAAUGGGUAUAGAGAUGCAGCCUUAUAUUCCUAUGGUGUUGCACCAGCUUGUAGAAAUCAUUAACAGACCCAACACACCAAAGACGUUGUUAGAGAAUACAGCAAUAACAAUUGGUCGUCUUGGUUACGUUUGUCCUCAAGAGGUGGCCCCCAUGCUACAGCAGUUUAUAAGACCCUGGUGCACCUCUCUGAGAAACAUAAGGGACAAUGAGGAAAAGGAUUCAGCAUUUCGUGGGAUUUGUACCAUGAUCAGUGUGAAUCCCAGUGGAGUAAUCCAAGAUUUUAUAUUUUUUUGUGAUGCUGUUGCAUCAUGGAUUAAUCCAAAAGAUGAUCUGCGAGACAUGUUCUGUAAGAUCCUUCAUGGAUUUAAAAAUCAAGUUGGGGAUGAAAAUUGGAGGCGUUUCUCUGACCAGUUUCCACUUCCCUUAAAAGAGCGUCUUGCAGCUUUUUAUGGUGUUUAAUCUCAUACACUUAGGCUGCAGUCCCAUAAUUAGGGGUCCUUCAGUCUUGGAGACUAUGAGGGAGCCUCUGCACCCAGGGAAAAUGUUACCCUUUACAGGGGGGAAGGGUAAACCAGUAGGGAAUACAGUACAAUCCCAACCCUACUGGGAGGGGCGGGAGGGAGGUGUUGCCGUCACUGUAUUAAGUCGCUGUUGGGAAACGUUUUAACAUCUGGAGCCUUUGUGGGUGGAAAUCUGUCUCCAAUUACAACUCUGCACUGGAUGUGAAGAAGCAAAAAAAAAAAAAAAAAAGAAAAAGCUAUUCAAUCUACUCACAAAACAGUACAUUCUGGAAUAUUAUGGGGAAUUGUACCAAAACAAGAACCAUAUAAAUGAUGCAUAGAGAUGAGAAAGAGGAAAAAUUCUAUAGCGCACAAUAAAGGAAACCUAAGAAUGGGGAUUAGAAGACAGUAAAGUUUUUGGGUUUUUUUUGUUUUUUUAGUUUUUUUUAUUUAAAGGUUUUUAUAAAAUUUCCCACAUUGAUGGGGACUUGUUUUUGCAUGCUGAUGAAGAACUACACAAAUGAAAGCUAAUAAGAGUUAAAAUCAGCGUGCCUACCCAUAAUAGUAGAAGCAGGUUCUUGGAAGUUACAAUUUAAGGUACCCCAGAAAGUUGGAAAUAAAACAAAACAAAUAUAAACAAUGAAGCACCCUGUGAAAUGCCAAAUGAGUCACUCCUUUUACCUUUGUGGGGUGGGCAGGGAGGGAGGAAUAAAUGGGGUUGGACAUAUCAAACUAAAGAUUGACAUCUUGAUUUUGCAUUAAGACAUUAAUGUAGUGGAUAUAAUUUGAUGGUUGUACUUCAUUAGAUUUAAUUUCUAGGCCAAGAUGUUAUUUUUAAAGUGCAGUUUAAGGUUCAGGCAUGCAUUCUGGCUCAUAGUGAUUGAAAGUACUUUAAAUUAGUGGGAGAGUAGCAUGCUUGCAUCACAUAGAGUGAGAUUGGUAUUCAGUUACCUCUGUUGCGCCAGUUUGUGUUGCAGUUUACCAGUUCAAUAUAGCCCUGCAUUUAAAAUUCCUUUUUAAGAUUUGUGGAUUUUAUUUUUAUUAAGAAUAUAGAUAUAAAGUACUGUAGUUUACAGCUAGGCCUUGAAAUAUCUUUUUAGGAUCUGUUAGGAAUAAGAUUGAUAUUGUAUUGUGUGUAACCUGCACAAUGUGGAAAGCUGAUAUACCUGUGCAAAAUCUUUGCCUCUGUGCUGUCAGUGUGAUGUGCUUUCUGCAUGGUUAUAUACUACUAGUGAUUUUAUCAAAACUUCUAAAACUUAAAUUACAUGGUAAAAGAUCUGUAAGAGGCUGCAUAAAUGUUAGUUGGCACAUAAAGACAAUUGUAGAAGUUGAAGACAUGAUUGCUAUAUUUCAAUGUUUAUUCCCACUCAACAUAUUGCCUUCUAAGCUUUCUUUUUUUGUUCAAAGCAUGAUCUUAAAGAUAUGUUUAAGUUAAUGGAUGUAAUGCAGGGUUCCUACACUGUAUUGGCGCAUGUUGGUGGCCCUCUGUGCCCUAGAUAUAUGCACACAGGGUGCAAGUAAAAAGCUACAGAGUGAAAGUUGGUUUGGAUCCUCUUCAUUUCAUUUGUUCAGCUUUUCUGUUAUUUUUCUCUACUUACAUGUAUUCCUGUGAAUAAAUCCUUGUUAAGUUAACCCUUUACUUUUCCUUCCAUGUGUAUUUUCUUAUAUACUGUGAAUGUGAAAACCUAACUGGUACACUUGAUCUUGUGUCCAUAUGAAAGUGCAAGUCUUUAUUAAUUUGGAUUGCCUGAACAGUGUAUCCCAUGAUGAUGAAGGAAAAUGGAGAGAUUUUUCUUUUUAACUCUGCUGGUCAGAGAUGAAGCCACACCUUUCCAUUUUUCAAUGCUGCAUAUUUAAUCUGCAACAGAAAUGUUAAGCCAUAACAACCUUUUUAUAUUUUAGUUUGUCACCUUCGCAUUGCAGAAUAAAUACUGAAUAACCAUUUUUGUAAGCAGUUGCUCCUCUUUGCAUGGUUCUCUUCCUCUAAAGGUGUUGAAUGAUACAGCCAUUGCACUGAAGUUUGAGCUGUAUGUGUGUGAAUUUAUAAAUACCGUUACAAAAAAUUUCAGAUGCAUGGUAGCAUGCAGAAAGGUUUUUGUUGUUGUGUGUGUGUGUGUGUGUAUUUUUUUUUUAACAUGUUCUUUCACCUUCUUUCCUCUACUUUGGCUUUGCAAAUUUCAGUCUGUAGAGCCUGAAAUUAAAUCAUAUUUUUAAUGUACAGGUUUUUUUUUUAAUUGUAAGUUGGAUCCAAAGGGUAUGUAGCAUUUUGCUUUCUAGUACCAUUGCCUCACUGGGAGCUCAAAAUUUGCUUCCUAGCUAGUCUUUAAAACCUGAUUAGGGUAGCUAUUUUAUCCUUAAAUUCUAGUGAUAUACUGUAGUUUUCCAAAACUUUUUAGAAUUUAAUAUGGGAGAUAUUUUAAUAUUCUGGAAUAAGUAGUAAACAUUUUAAAUUGAAAGAAUUUUAAAUUCAGAAUUCUCCUGAACACUUUAAAAUGAACAUACAAAAACAACCUUCAAUAAAGUUAUCUGGACCUGUGAUAAUUCUCUAUUGACUGAAAAGCGUUGUUACCUAUUGGAUUGAAAAAUUAAUUUCUAAUUAAGCAGAUACAUAACAUAAGAAUGUGCCCUUUUUUGUAGUCACUUAACGUGUUUUUAAAUUAAAAGGAAAUAUAAUUUAAAAAUACAAAAUAUAAAUAAAAUAUGACUGACAACCUGAGAUGGGGUUGGGUUUUUUGGGUUUUUUUCCCCCUUGAGGUUAUAGUUUCUUCCUAAUUAUAUUUCAGAUACAUAGUAUAACAUAGGAAUUUGCAGAAGCCAUUUAAGUUAUCUUUUGAGGUAAGCUCUGAUUUAGCGUUUAUUCUGAUAAAACUUAAUACAUCAUGGGAUAUAUAUAUAAAGCAACUUAAUUCUUGUGGUGUAGUCUUAAUAGUUUUGAAUGUUGACUGAAUGUCUAUGAAAUUGUGAGUUUGUCUUUGUUACAUUCCAGUGUUUCUGCCUCUUGGCAUGCUUAAAAGCACGGCUUACUUCAUCUGCUCCUUACACACUAAAGUGCUGUUAGUGUGCUCAACUACAGAAAUAGCCGCUGCUAAGUGAUGUAGAUUUUCUACUUGAAUAUUUUUAUGUUGUAGGAACCUCAGGAGGUCAGUGUUUACUGUUUUAUAUAUGCCUUCUUUUUCCUGUUUGAGCUUCUCUCUUUGAAGGAUUCUAACAGAACAAAAGCUGCUGAUCAACCUAAGUUGGAAACAGAAAGUGUAUUUAAUAUAAUUUAAAUGCAUGUUUGGCAGUUCCAUGUUACAGUCCAUUAGUAAGUGAACCUAGUGCCACAGACAUUCAUUUAUUCAGGAAAGAAUUUUGCUUUUUGUAUUGUCUAAUCUCUUUAAUAACUUCAUACUGUGUAAAAAAGAAAUCACUUUUUUAUAUUUUUUGGUUGGUUAUUUUCCAAAUAAUCAACAUGUAAAUAAUCUUUAAGAGCCAGUUCUGAUGCUUUACAUUAUACUGCUACUUGAUUUUGUGAUGCAGGUUGGAUUUCAGAAGAAUAGAUUUUAAAACACUUAACCAAGCCAUUACAUCUUAAAAACAAAAUAAGUAGCAUACAUUUUGUAAUUAACAUAUUGAUAAACACUGUGAUUUUUUUUGUUAAGACUUUUUCAUUGACCUGAAUUGCUUAAAUUGCAUAUAUUGUAAAAUAGGAUCAGAUGUAUAUUUUAAAAUAAUUUCAACUGACUUUCCUCUAUUGAAAUGCUUUGUCUACUCAGUUAUAAAAUAUUCAGAUACAAGUUUUAUCUCAGGUGAAUACUCUUGUAUCCUUCUUGCUUUGGUGACGUAUGCUUAUAAAGAGUCAUCAUACUUGUAGUCGUUUUUUUAGUGUAUUUCAUGAAGAAUCUUUCCAUUUAGUCUGAUUUUCCAAUCCUUAAUUCUUGCAGACUAUGGUGGUAUAAGUCCUUCCUGGCGAGAAUUCAAUUUGGUUCUCCUUUUCUCCGAACUCUUAAGAUAGGAAAGUGGAAAGUUUUUCUGUCAUAUAUUAAAUUACCCCGCAUAGCUGAAAUGCCAGAAUUAAAGUAUGUCUUAAACCUUUCAGUCUAAAUUUAACUUAAAUCCUUUGCCAUAAAGAAAAAAGUGGGAUUUUUUGCUUCAUAUAGUUAAUCUAUAUUAUUCAUAUUGAAUGUAUUAACAGAUAACGGUGCAAAAACAUUCUUCCCAAGAGAAGAGUGUAUCGUGCAUAACUGCAAUUUAAGUCCUUCCUUUAGUAGUACUUUACACACAGCUUUGCUUAUUGAAUUAUUUUUGCAAGUAAUACAAGGGGGAAAACACUUAACUGUCGCUACUGUACUGUUAUUGAAAUGUAGGCAUUGAAAUUUUGAUGAAAACUGGUCUUCAGAUUAAGGGCCUAAAAUAAUCUAGAUUAAAAGUCAGAUCAAUAAAGAGCUGUGUAACAAUAUUAUCUAGUAAUAAUACCAUGCAAGAGCAUUGUAUACCUACUUAGUACCUAGUCAUACUGUAUUAAAUAUGGAGAUAUUUCUAAUGCCUCUUAAAAAUUCAGUUUUAUGUGAAAGUUUCAUUCACUUGUACACUUUCCAGGUGACUUGUGACAUUUUUUCAGUCUUAUAUAGAUCUUCCCCCAUUGGUAUUAUAUGUAGAGGAUUCUUUAUCUUUAUGCCUAAUUAUUAUGCGUAUUAAUUUUAAGGUAUACAUUUAAAUUAUAGCAACUGUUUAUUGUGAUUUGUAUCCCAGAAUGUAUUGUUUUUAUUUUUAUUUUUUAAUGUAUGCAUGAUUUUGAGGGAAGUUAAAAUGGUGAUUAUUUUUUUCACCUCUUGUACAUUUUAAAGUCAAACCAAAUCUAUUUGCCAAGCAUUAUAUCACUAAUUAGGAAAAUAGGCUUUUCCCGUGUAUUACAAUUUUUGUUCAUCUACUAUAGAAUCCCCUUAACUAUAUGGCUUGGUAUUAUUCACAGUUAGCCAUUUUGCAAGUUCAGUUAUCUUCCUAAAAGCUUAUACUGUAACAUGGUUAGCCUAUAAGGCAAUGUUGGUUCCCUCCUAAUACCAGCCUCAUAAAGGGGUUCCGCUGUACUUUCCCCAUAUUGCUUCAUUGUUGUUUUUCCUCUGUGGAUAUAUAACCAAAUUAAGAUUGGAUGAAUUUUAUGGAGAUAAUAAUAAGACAAUACUGUAUAAGUAAUUUUGCUUAAUAGAUUAUCAUCUGUGAGAAGAGAUGUUUAAACGUGGUUGAUGACUUCACUUCAUAUUAUAAAACAGUUUUACACUUAAUAUUCAUGUUAAUAUUGGGUGCAAUAAUUUAGUAGUUUUAGCUUUAGUUAUAAAUAACUGGAUCUUUCUGCUGACAACUUAGGUUGUAUGAGUUAUGCUUAAAAGCUUUAAAUCUGAUGUUUCCUGUACCUGCCACACUAUGUUAGAAUGUGUCCUUCAAACAUAUCCUCCUGCAACUUCUCAAACUGUACUAAAUUGAUACUUCUUGAAGUCAAACUCUGUGCUAACAGAUCUUCAUUUUAAAUAGAAUACGGUUUUAAUUUUUGAUAAGCUGCUGAAUUUUAAAGAGAGUUUUUUGGGGCCACCAAAUAUUUUGGAUCAUGCAGAGAAUAUAUAUUGUACUGUAGUAAUUUUGUAUUUACAUUUGUAUGAUGUGACAUAAUAGAUGUGAAUGUUAAUCACUGCUUGACUAUGUUAAUAAAGUUGUUUAACUAUA